AGACUAGCUCUGUAUAGUUGAAUGUAAUGGUUGACCAGCCAGAAGGUCGCCCUAAAAGCCCUGGUCCUGGAAAAGUUAAGCCUGUUACAAAGAAACACAGCGUAUCAAAACCUUAUGAGCGUCCAUCUUCUAGUCGGGGUGUACUUGCUCGAGUAAAGGAGUUAAUAACCCCUGUAACACCAGGCUGGUUAAAGGAUCUUGUGUUGAGACCCCCUCAGACAACAAGUGUUACUGAUGCUUUAGAACAGACAAUUGCUGAGGUCCAGGCAGCUGAUGAGAAAGGACCAGAAGAGUUCAAGAAAACCCUGAAAUCCCUCUCAAUCCCCGUAAUUACUGAAGCGAUAUCAGCUCCAACGCUCCCCUUCACUACUGAGAGAAUUCCUGUUAAACCUAAGAUCAGUACACCCUCGAUUCUAGAUGUGACUGAAGUGAACACCAGUCUAAACCAGACUAAUCUAAACAAGACUAACGUACUGGAGGAAACUCUGGGAGAAAUAAAAUGGAGCUCUAUCAGACCAGCUGUGAAAGAGAAAUACGCGUUCAGUGUAGCUGCCUUCAAUACCCCCAGUAAAUCACCCAAUCUCAGCUCCAUAUCAAUCCACAACAAGUCCCUAACUCGACCUAACUCCUCCCCCUUCACUAACAGAUCACGUGUUUCGUUUGGAGGAAACUCUCUACAGCGAACCCUGCUCCACAAUCGCACAGCUAACAACACCAGUGCUACUGCUGUGAAGGAUGACAAGAAACCUAUAAAAGUGAAGCCCAUCUCUCGGACCAGUAUCCGACCUGGAGUUACCAGCAACACCGCCAAGAAGAUUCUAGAACAGCUGGAGUCUCUCUCCCGUCCUCUGGGUCACCUGCCUUCAUCCCGACCCAGCACGCCCUCCUCCCGUCCCUGUUCGCGUGCCUCCACACCUCUCUCCCUGUCCCGCCCAUCCACUCCUCAACAUUUACAACCGUACAAAUCAGAGCGUACAGUUCCUAUUAGGAGCCUUACUUCUACUCCUCUGGAGAAGUUAGACAAACCUGACAUGAACUCGUCUAUUAUCUCUAAUACUGCAUCUGUAGGUGGGAAGAUAAAGAGGGAGAAAACUAAUCACUACUCACGGAUCAAGGAGGAGGAAGAAGAGGAACUUAUUGUCCCUGAUUUUGAAACAGUUUCUGUACCUAAACUAGACUUCAAACCUAUCGUCAUUGAGCAUAACACAGACCACAAGCCCAUCAAGAUAGUCAAUCAGACCCACUCCGCCCAAAAAGAACACGUUUCUUUGAAGGACGCCAUUAAAACGACCUUGACAAGCAACAUCUCUCCUCUCAGUAAUCCUCUGAUAAAGAAGAAAAGUUUAAGUCCGGAUCAAGAAUCUAGUUCCGACAGUAGUUUUAGUUUCUCUGCUCCCAUCUCAGUUACCAACGCCCUCGUCAGCUCCACCUCCCUGGCAGACAACGCGGAGUUCAGUUUUGGAACACCGGGCAGUGUGGGUGGGGUUAAGAGCGCCGCUAAAUCUAUGAGUGUUGAAGAUAUCCUACGGAGUGAUAGAGGAGAGGUUAAGGAUGAGGAGAAGGUGAAGAUCGCUACUCAACAGCCACCAGGUAGCUGGAGCUGUGUACCCUGCAAGCUGAGUAACCCUAGUGCUAUGACACGUUGUAGUGGUUGUGAGGCGCCCAACCACUCACUUCAACUACCAGGACUCUUCACCACGCACUCUCCUAUCGGUAUUAAACGUGCUCCUAUCACACCCAUGAAGCCUGCUUGCUCCCCCAAACAGGCUAAACUAAACCCCCUCACAUUUGGAAUGAACAAGAUAAAAGAAGAAUCGAAGGAAGAAAAGAAAUCUUCUCCUUUAGUGAAGUUCUCAUUCGCACAAAAGCCGGGUUGGUCAUGUGAUACUUGUAUGGUAGAUAACAAAGAAGAAGAUAAGAACUGUGCUGCGUGCCAAACACCCAAACCUUUUGCUGCUCCUGAAAAGAAACCUCUAGCUAACAAACUAGCUGGAAUGGACAACCCACUGCUGAAGUUCAAGAAAACAGACAUGUGGAGUUGUGGAUCCUGUAUGUUGUCCAACCCUGCUGACUUAACCAAGUGUCAGGCAUGUGAGACUGCUAAACCCGCCGUUGUUGAGACUAAAAAACCCGCACUAAACCCGCUUUUGGCGUUGUCCCAGAAGGCUGGCUGGACAUGUGAUACUUGUAUGCUGCAGAAUGAUAGCAGUGUGGGCAAGUGUUCAGCUUGUGAAACACCUAAACCUGGAGCCGAUAAACCAGCUGAUAAACCCGCCUCUUCCACUGGCGUGUUCCAGCAGCUUGGUAAAUUCAAGCAAUCAGGCUGGAGCUGUGGCAUGUGUAUGUUAACCAACACCGACACUGAUCUUAAAUGCAAGGCUUGUCAAACUCUCAAACCUGGAGUUAAACCAGAAGAUAUAAAGGAAGAAGUAAAGGAAGAAAAGACAGAAGCGGCAAAGUCUUCCUUCUCAUUUGGUAUGAGUAGUGUUGCUGGCCUUAACGACAGCAAGGCUGGAUUCGGGGACAUUAAACCGAGCUCUACAUUCAGUUUUGGUGCCAAGGGUGACAGUGGUGAUGUUAAAGGUGGUUUCAGUUUUGGUGUGAAGAAGAUAGAGGAUAAACCUGAUAAACCAGCUGAAGAGAAACCUGCUCUUAGUUUCGGAGCUGCUACCGGUAGUAAACGAGCCUUGGAAACAACUGAGGAAGUGAAACCAGUCGAAGCUAAACCAGCUUUUAAUUUCGGAGCACCCGUUAAAGAAGAAACGACGAAGCCAGCGUUUGGUUCCCUUACUUCUGACACGGCUCCUAAAUUCAACUUUGGAGGAAACAAGGCUGAGAAUAAAACAGAAACCACUGCAGCUCCUGCUUUUAAUUUUGGAGGAACUGGCACAGCUACUACCACUCCUAGCAAAGCUCCUGCUUUCAAUUUCGGGGGAAAUACGCCAACUACUGGACCUACUGAAGCAAAACCAGCUGCUGGAUUUAGUUUUGGGGGUGCCGCCCCUUCAAGUACCACCCCUUCUACUGGACUUAACUUUGGGGGUACUACUACCAACACUACUGCUGCUGCUCCUGCUUUCAACUUUGGUGGUCCUAAACCUGCUACGAAAACUUCUUCCCCGGCAUUCAACUUCGGAGGAACUCCCGCCCCUAAGACUGAAACUCCCUCUUUCCAGUUCGGUGCAGCCCCUGCCCCCACUGGAGAAAACUCUAAUUCUAGAGAUGGUAUGGAUGCUUCUAAUUCUAGUCAGAGCCCUAAAGGAUUCAGUUUUGGUCAGAAACCAGCUGCUGCUUCAAAUGGUCCUUCUUUCAGUUUCGGUGCUAAUAAUAACAACCAAAGCAGCGCUGGUUUUACAUUUGGUGCUAGUACCACAACCACGCCGGCUCCAGCAUUCGGGUCUUCAUCCUCUACACCAGCAUUUGGAGCUGGGACAACCCCAGCUCCUUCAUUUGGCUCAACCAGCGCCACUGGUUUUGGCAGCAACAGCGCCUCUACUGCUGCCCCUGCCUUUAACUUUGGUGGUCAGAGCAACUCUACCUUCGGUCAAUCCCCCGCCAGCAACACGCCCAGUUUCAACUUUGGUGGACCAGCUAAACCUGCUAGUACCGGCUUUAGCUUCCCCGCUCCGGCUCCUUCUCAACCAGCGUCUACUGGCUUUAAAUUUGGAGGAAAUUCCACACCAACUCCCGCCCCUAGCUUCAACUUUGGUGGUGGUGCAGCGCCCGCUGCAACUAACAGCAAACCCUUCUCGUUUGGAGGCGGUGGAAACACUAGCACUCCUGCCCCAGCACCUUCAUUUGGGGGCGCCAAUAGCCCUGCCCCUCCUUCAUUCGGCAACACUGCAGCUAUUCCGGCUCCUUCCUUCAACUUCGGAGCCGGUACAGCCGCCCCUCCUAAUGCGGCCUUUCAGUUCGGCAAUCCACAAUCCACUCCAACUCAGAACAAUAAUAACAUGUUUAACCCAGUUACCAGUUCAACUACUGGCAGAAGAAUCAAGAAGGCCGUGAGGAGAACUAAACGAUGAAAAUCAGGGGAGUUAGGUUUUUGAAAAGUUUGCACUCUUCGUGAGAAGAUUUAUUGAGCCAGUUGCUGGGUAAAUCGCUGAUAUUGAAAAGAUAACCGAAAGAUCUGCAGAGGAAAAUAUAAGUGUGAAGCUGCUGCUCCAGUUGAGAAUUGAUAAGUUAUUACCGCUGUUUGACUCGCACCAUUGCUUAUUCUUCCUCUUGAUUUUAGAUUUAAUUUUAUUUAUUCAUUUUAUCCAAGAAUUUUGAUACGAGAUCUGCCCGUGGGAUGUUUUUUAUAGUUCUUCUGCUUCUCUGGUGAUUGUCUGAACUCUGAUUCUGUUAUGUGUUGAUUGUGCUAUGAUUGUCGAUCUGGUCGGACAUUGAGUUGUUCUGUUGCUAAGAAGAUGUGAUAACGUGAUACCAACGUUAUGUGUGUCUCACUGUCGGCUUGACGACGAGUCUGGAUUAUUUAUUUACAUCUGCUAGAUGUUGAAAGUUGAUAGCUGUAGUUUGUUGUGUCCGCUCGACUGAGAUGAAAGAUUUGAUGUCUUUUCAGGGCACGGUGAUUGUAAAUAUUUGUAUUUUAAAGGGUAGUUGCUCCAAAAAUCUAAAUAAUUGAGCUCUCAGAUAAAUUUAUCUUUUGUAUGUGAUUUUUGAUAUCAAGCUCUGUCCCGGUUUUUAUUUGCACGAAACGUAUGGCGCACUGUUUGAACUACCAAUUGCUAAAUAGUUUCAUUUUUAUGGGUACGAUUAUUAAGGCAGCUUAGAUAUGUAACGGCAAACUGUUUUUACUUAAAACUUAGCUCAAAACUGUAAUCGCUGUUAAACCAACUCUUCGUUAGAGUUUGUAAUUUCCGUGUAUUUGAAAACAUAAACUAUUAGUAGAAUUAAACUUGCUAAGUCAGUACACUGAUUUGCUUGACUGUCAUAUGAUGCCCUUAUAUAUGGUAAUGCCCUACAGAAUGAUGUCAUAUGUUUUGUUCGUGCAGUAAAUGGGUAAAUUUUGAGAUUUCAAACAGAGUUGCUGAAAGAUCACUGGGUUUCCUUGCCGAGUCAUUAGAUUGACUUAUUUUCGCAGUUCAAGAUGUGAUCGUUACCUGCUUUAUUGUCGAUGACGCUUUGAAAUAAAGAAUUUUAAUUCUCAAAA